AUGGAAAAUAUGAUCAUGAGGCGUUCUACACUUUCACCAGUAAAAACAAAAAUUAAUGAUAAUGCUGACCUGUUGAAUUUAGACUAUAAAACUCCAAGCCCCAUUAAGAAAAAUCCAAUAAAUUCCCCUGACUCUGAACAAGAAUUUUUCCAGUACCUUCAUGGAACGGGCGAAAAAAGCUCUAAAAUAGCGCAUAAGAGAUCAAUGAGUUCAGUUGAAGAAAAUAUGUAUUCAUAUAUUCUUAAAGAUAAAGUAAGUUCUAAAUAGAUUUCAGGUCUGCUUAACUCACAUAAGCAAAUUAUGAAUGAAUUGCUAAAUGAUAAAUCUCCUUCCUCACAGCUUGAUUUUCAAGAAAAAUUAAAAGAGUUGAGUUUGGAAAAUUCCAAACUCGUGCUUGAAAAUAUAGCACUCAAAAAGCAAUUAGCUAAUCGUUAUUUCUAA